UUUAGCUAAGAAUGUCUAGAAGUGAAAUUAAUAUUCUCAUUGACUUUCACAUGGUUGGAGUAGAUAAAUGUUAAAGUUUUGAAAAUGAGAAAUUUUCCCUAUUAUCUUAAAAAAAAGUUAAAUAUGUAAAUGUUUUAUAUUAUUUGUGUUGAUGUAGUAAUAUUGUAAUAAUACAGAUUCAAAAUGGAUGCAAAUUCUACCAUCAAUAACAACAAAAACCUUCAAAAGGAUAAUCAAGAAGAAGCAAACGUUGAAAGCCGUAGUAGAUUAUCUGAUCUACCUGAUGAAAUUUUGCAGAAGAUUUUAUCAAACCUCCCAACAAAAGAAGCAGUUGCAACAACUGUUCUCUCCAAAAGGUGGGAGAAUCAAUGGAUGAAUAUAAGUAAAAUCGAUCUGAAAUUUGAUGAAAGUGCACCUGAGAAGAGGCAACGUUUCAUAGAGUUUAUGGAUAAGCUGCUUGUGGUUUGUGAUAUUUCAAAACUGAAAAUGUUCUCUCUCUCAUUUGAAGUUGGUGAGGAGUUUCCAAGGGUUAACAAAUGGUUAAGUGUUUUUGUCAAUCCUAUGAUUGAAGAACUAAACCUCGAACUUGAAAGAGUUAGUAACCCAUUGGUUCUUCCUAAUCACUUUUUUACUUCUGAUAAAUUGACCAAGUUUCAUCUUAGUAUGAGACAAGUCAUAAAUUUUCCUUCUACCAUUCAUUUGGAAAAUCUUGUGACAUUGACUUUGAAGCAUGUCAUAUUCCCGGAUACUCAUAGCACAUCACAGUUUUUCUCUGGUUUGCCAUCCAUGAAGGAACUAUCCUUAACUGAUUGUAAUUGGAAGAAGGUUGAAAAUAUCUUUAUCAACUUUCCAUUGCUUCAGAAACUGUAUAUUAGAGAUUGGAAAGACGACGACAUCGAGGAAGAAGAACACGACCACCACCACAACGUAGAAGCGUAUGUUGUCGAAAUAAAUGGUGGUCUCUAUAUUCAUGAUGUUGUAUUACAUCAUAUAAAUUUUUCUUACAUCAAAAUAGCGAUCAUGGCGAGUAAUCUGGUAACUUUUAUAUAUGACGGUGAUCUCAUAAAUGAUUAUGCUUUGUUCAACACAACUUCAGCCACUGAAGCAACCAUUGAAGCUCAUGAACAACACAAUAAAGUGUUACCUGCUGGCUAUUAUGUAUACACACUUCUGAAAGAACUCUUUAGGAUAAAAAAUCUAUCAAUCUCCGACUUUGCUCUUGAGGCUUUUGGCCAGUCGCCAUCUUACGCGGAAAAUCUAUCUAUAUUUUUCCGUCUGGUUGAUCUUCAUGUGAUCUCCUCUUCAACUAUGGAUUUAUCUUGUCAAGGAUUGCAAGCCCUACUAAGAAAGUCGCCUAUUCUAGAAGAAAUUGAGUUUCAGAUGGGGGUGACGCUAGAUGAAAGUGAAGGAAACGACAUUGAUUCAUUACCAACAUGUUUUUUGACACACCUUAAAAAUAUCAAGAUAUAUAAUUUUUGUGGGAAUGAAGGAGAGAUAAAUGCUAUAAAGUAUUUGCUAAACACAGCACAAGUGUUGGAUAUAUUGUAUAUUCAAUACAAUGAAUCACAUUUUGACUCUCCAGAAGGAUCAGAGAAGUUACAGACAUUUUUUGAUCAAGUUGAUGAGUUUCCUAAGGUUUCAAGGGAUUGUGUUAUUGAAAUAGAAUGAAGAAGAAGA